GCGGCGGCGACGGCGGCGACUACUACGGCCGACGACUCGGCGGCGGAUCCGCCGCCGGGGGAUCGCAAAGCGAAACCGCCGGGUCCGUCGCGGGCGGCGCGAACCAACCCGGCGGCGAUGGACGGGCUCAGUCUUCGCAGGCCGGAGCCGUCGGUUCCGCCGCCGCGUCGGGGAGUAACGCUCCCGGUAACGCCGCAGCCGGGCAAUCGACCGGCGCGCAAUCCGCCGGCGCGGGCGCGAUGGCUGGCGCGUUUUCCGCCAUGCCGGGCAUGGGCGCCGCGGGGUAUCCCUACAUGGGGUACCCGUACAUGACCCCCGGCAUGCCCCCGGCCGCGGGGUACGCGGUGCAGUCGCCCUAUUACGGCUACCCGCAGGCGAACAUGUACGCCGCCGCGGGCGUGUACGGACAGCAGUCCGGCGCCUCUGGCGGCGGAGGCGGCAAGGGUGGCAAGGGCGGCUACGGCGGCUACGGCGGCGGCGGCCAACGGUCCAACUACUCUCAGCCGCCCGCGCCGCCCGCGCCGCCGAGCAGUGGCAACGGCAACGACUCCUCGCAGUUCAAUUACUACGGAAACUACGGUCAAUCCGCGUACGGCAGGUGAUCGAUGCGGGUCGGCGGGUGCCGCACCUUUUUUUGUUCGACCGGAUCUGGGACGACGUGUUGUUGACGAGUUGAGAGUAGCGGCUCUUCCGAAAGCGUUUGAAAAUGACGAGAUUUCAACCUCCGCGGCG